AUGGACUAUAAAAAUGAAGAGGAUAUUAAUGAAGUCAAUAAAUAUAUAUUUAGCUUAUAUCCAAAAAUAAGUGCGGGGUUAGAUCAUUACGCAUGUAUUGGAUAUUCAAAGAAAAAGCCAAGUGUCUAUUGUUGGGGUGGGAAUAGUAGCAAUCAAUUAGGAGUUGGUAUACAUAUACGAUACUGUGAAAAACCAACUGUUGUUAAUUUUUUUGAAAAUUUUAUAGCUUGCUCAGUUUGUUGUACACAUUACUCAACAUAUGUUUUAGUUAAAGAAAAUUUAAGUGAUGAAGGAUGUUUUGUUUAUUCAUUUGGCAAAGGAAACAAUGGUUUGUUAGGUUAUAAAAAAGAUAGGAAAAUUAUAGAUGAUUCAAAGUCUGAAAUAAAUCAGAAAAAUGAAGAAAGAAAAGAAGGAAAAAAAGGAAAAUAUAUUAACAGACAUAUUCUCAAUACUUUUGGAGUUAGUGCAGAAGUAGAAUCAUCCAUUAGCAGUAUCAACAGUUUGAUGAGUUUCGAUUAUGAUCGAAUUUCAAGCGAUAAGAAAAGUGAAGAUUAUGAGAAUAAAAAAGAGGAUGCUCAUAUUGAGCUAAGUAAAAGUUCGCAAAAUAGUAAUUCAACAAAUCUUAUGGAUAACGAUAUGAAUCGAAGUAUUAAAAUUAAUGAAAAUAAAAAUGAAGGAAUAAAUCGAAAUGAUAAAAUAAAAGAAGAAAAAGCUGAUUGGUUUACACCAUUUCCUAUAAAAAUACUAUUCCCCAAAUAUACAAAAAUAAAAUAUAUUUCAUGUGGAGAUAUGCACACAUUGGCAAUUUCAACAAACGGUGUUUUAUAUGGAUGGGGAUCAAACAGCUUUGGAUGUGUUGGAAAUGGAACAUAUACAAAUGUAUACGAACCAACUCGAAUAUAUUUAGAAAAAUGGUCGAUAAAAAGCAAAAAUGAUAAUAAUCCAUAUCAAUAUAAAUUUUACAAUAAUUCAAAAGAAAAUAAUUAUGAUUAUUUUAAAAAUAGUGUUAUUCAUUGUUCUGCGGGAAGUAAACAUAGUUUAGCAUGUACGAUAAAUGGAGAUGUAUAUAGUUGGGGUUUUGGAGGUAAUGGGCGAUUGGGAUUAGGAAAUAUAAAAAGUUAUAAUACACCACAAAUAAUUAAUAAAUUGAAAAAAAAAAAAAAAAUAAUAUUUGUAUGUGCAAGCGUAUCACAUUCUAGUUGUAUAGAUAUAGAUUAUAAUGUUUAUACAUGGGGUAGUGGAAAAUUUUAUAAGUUGGGACAUGGCAAUGAUAGUGAUUUGCUAUAUCCACAAAAAAUUGAAUUUUUCAAUUUUAAUAAAAAAAUAUUUAUGAUUAGUUCAUCAUGUUUUAAUUCAAUAGCUUUAAAUAUUAAUGGUGAUGUUUAUAUAUGGGGAACAUUUAAUAUUUCAAAAAAUGGUAAUAAUAAUAUUUACAUUUGUAAAACACCUAAGCUAAUAAAUACAAACUACAAAUGCAUUUAUGUAUAUGCAUCUACUUAUUUACAAUUUGGUAUAACAUUAGUUGGUGAUUUAAUAAUGUUUGGGAAUAACUAUUAUAAAAAUAUAAAUAGUAAUGAAAUCAUAUUAGAUAAUAUUGAUAGUAGUUCAGAAUCAGAUGAUAAUGUUAUUGAGCAUAUUAUUGAGGAACGAAAAAAAAAGAAUGAAUUUGAAAAUUAUGGUUAUAAACAUAUUGAUAACUUGGAAAAUUCGUGCAAUAGUUAUAUCCGCAAAUUAAAUGGAAAAAAAACGGAAAAUAAUAACUUAUACAUUAACACUUUUUAUAAAAAAGAUAAAAAUAUGCAAGUAAUAUAUAUAAAAGAAUUAAGAGGAAAAAUAUAUAUAAAAGAUGUAAUUACAGACUUUUAUAAUUUAAAUAAAACAAUUACGAAUGAAAUAGCUAUAGCAAAAGAUUUAUUUCAAAAUAAAGAUAAUGAAUAUAUAGGAUCUUUAUUUGGAGAAAUCGAUAAUAUUGGAUUAAAAAUAAAAUCUAAAGUAAAGAUAAUAGAUGGAAAUGAUUAUUUUAGUAUAUUUUUAAUAGAAAAUGGAAAAGUAUAUGGAUCGGGAUGGAAUAAAAAUGGAGAAUUAGGGACAGGAGAAUAUAAUUUAAAUAAAAAAUAUUUUAUUCCUAUAAAUAUAAAUGUAUGUGUAAAUAAAAUAGCUAAAAUAGUUUGUGGAAAUGAUUAUGUAUUGGCUUUAAACGAUUUAGGGUAUGUAUACGGAUGGGGUAAAAAUAAUAAAAGUCAAUUAGGACUUGGUGUUACAACAGAUUUUUAUGAACCUAUACAUGUAAAAUCAUUAAGUAGUGUUAUUAAAAUAUAUGCAGGAUAUGAUCAUAGUGCAUGUAUUGUUAAUAAUCAUUUUUAUUCUAAUAAUGAAAAUGAAGAAAACAUUGAAUGUGGCGAUUUAUAUAUAUGGGGUAAUGCCGAAAGUGGUAAAGUUGGAUUAGGUAAUGAGUAUAUACAAGGGUUUAUAUUAUUGCCAAGAAAAAUUAAUUUAAUAAAAAAAAUAUAUAAAUGUUCUUUAGGAACUAGCCAUAGUUUAUUUUUAACUGGAAAUAAUGAAUUAUAUGUAUGUGGUAAUACAAAUAAUGGACGUUUAGGUAUAUCAAAUGAAAUACAAAAUAAAAAAGAUGAAAAAAUGGAAAAAAAAAUUAGCGAACAUAUUUCGAUUUUAAGUUAUCCUAAACGUGUUAAAUUAAAUGAAGAAAUAUAUAUCAAAGAUAUAUUAGCUGGAUCUACAUAUAGUAUAAUAUUAGGAAUUGAUGGAUUUAUAUAUAUAUGUGGUGAAUUUGUAAAAAAUAAUAUAUUUCAUAAAAAAUUCACAUUAUAUAAUCAAAUAAGUAAUGUAAAGAUAAUGGUUGGAAAAUAUCAACAUGUUCUUUUUCUAACUUAUGAUAAUAAAAUAUUUGGAUUAGGUGAUAAUAGUUAUUUUCAAAUUUUGAAUAAUAACCAAAAAGAAACAUAUAUACAAACCCCAGUUUUAGUUCCUUAUUUUUUAAAGCAUAAUGUUGAAAAAAUUUAUUCUUUUAAAAAUGUAAGUUUUGCUCAACUAGCUAAUAAUGAUAUAUAUGGAUGGGGAUAUUCGAAAAAUGGACAUUUGGGUAUAGGGUUAAAAAAUUUAGUAUAUAUUAAAAAUCCGAUAAAUAUUAUAAAAACAUGGGUUGGGUAUGAAUAUGAAGAAAAUGAAAUUGAUGUAGAUAAUAUCGAAGGGGGAAUAAUAGACAAUGAAUAUAUAUUUUCACAAAAAUAUAAUAUUUAUACAAACUGGAAUGAAAUAAAUAUGGUGAAAAAACAAAUAACAAAUAAAGAGCGUUUCAAGAAUUAUUUAAUAUGUAAUAAUUAUUAUGAAGAACAAAUUGAGCGAUUUAUAUUUCAAGUUCAAAAUUUAGAAAAUAUAAUAAAUUGGGAAUAUAUACAAAUUUUAUUAAAAAGUGAAGAAUAUAAUAAUAGCUUAAAUUAUAUAAAAAAUUAUGAAAAGGAUUUAAUAUAUUUAUAUACUAAACAUGUGAAAUUUUUGUUAAGCUUACAAAAAUGUGAAAAAAAAUAUAAUGAUUUAUAUAUUAAUUUACAAAAUUAUAUUUUAUCUCAUAUUUCUUAUAUGAAAGAAGCAUUACCAAAUAUUAUGUACACAAACAAUACACACAUUUUUGAUGUAAAUAGAAAACAUGUGGAAACUCUUAUUUAUAUUUUACAACAGCAACCACUAUAUUUAAUUAUUAUGUGUCUUAUACAUAAUUAUAAAAAUAUUAAAAAUUUGAAAAAAAUUGUGUUUGAAAAACAUAAAUGUAAUAUAUUAGAAAAAUAUAAGGAUGAUACAAAUUUUGAUUAUUCAGUAAAAGUUGAUUAUAAUUUAAACACAAUGAAUACACUGAAACAUGGAUACGAUUAUGACACAUUUGACGAAAGAAAAAAAAUAUAUACAGUUUCAGAUAUAAAAAAAAAACAUAAAUUUUAUAAAAAUAGUACAAACAUUUUAUGUUCGUUUAUAUUUGAUUUAUAUUAUGAUUUAAGAAAUAAAAGAACACUUAAUAUUUUUACAAUUUUUUUAAUAAAACUUGGAAUUGAAGAAAUGAAAAAUUGCUUACAUAUUGAAUCAUUAUACAAAAUAGAAACUUCGAUUUUUUUUGUAUUAAUUAGAAUGUUAUUUAUGAAGAAUGAAAUUUUGUCAAAAUUUUCAAAUUCUAUAGCAAAUAUGAACAAUAAAAAUUCUUUUGUGAAAUUACUAGAUGUUAUGUCUAGAAAAAGAAAUUCUCCAAACAAUUUACACAACUAUGAAUUGACAAAGGUUUCCUUUCUAGGUAACAUAAAAAGAGAAUCUAAUGAAAUAAAUUCUGACCAUUUAGAUCCAUAUAACCAAAGUGAUACAAAUUUAGAAAACCCAAAUUAUAUUCAUAAUAAUGUCAUAAUAAAUAUGGAAAACAAAACUGAAGAACAUAUAGAAUUAAAAAAUGAAAAUAAUAUAGAGAAUAAGCCAAGAAAUUCUAUUAAAACGUUUGUUGAAAUAGAGGAUGAAGAAAAAAAUCAGAAAUUUUUAAAAUUUAUAAAAGGAAAGAAUAAUGAUGAAAAUAACAAAAAAAUAUAUAAUUAUGAUUUUGUUAAUAAUAUGAAACCAAUAAUGAAUAAUAAUGUUGUGAUCGAAAAAAAUGUAAAAGAUAAUUUUAGAACCGAGAAAAGACAAUAUGCAUCUGAUGAGGAAGUAAAUGAAAUAAAAUCAGAUAAAAAAAAUAUUUUUGUGGAAAUAGAUUUUGUACAUGUAUUUAAAGAAUUAUGUAAAAUAUUUGAAAAAAUCGAUUUCCCAGAAAUAUUUAAAAUUAUUAUAAAAUAUUUAUUUAAAUAUAUUUGUAUAUAUGAGAAAAAUAUAAAUAAAGAAGAAAAUAAUAAACAAAAAAAUAAAAUUUAUUUUGUAAAUGACAAUAUGGUUGUAUAUUUACCUUUUUUUAAUUUAACGCUUAUGGCAAUUAUAUUACCAAUAUUAAGUAAUAUUCAAAAAAUAUCAGAAAAAUAUUAUUAUCCUUCUAUUCCUAUAUACAUUGUAAAAACAUGUGAUCGAAUAUGCGAUUUUAUACAAAUUUUAUAUUUAAAUAAAUUUGAAUCUUUGAAUAGUUAUAAUUUAAAAAACUAUUUUAUUUCUGUAAAAUAUAUAUUUGAAAACACAUUUAAUUCGUUUACACACAUUUUAAAUAAUUUUAUACAAAAUACAAAAUGUGAUAUAUAUGCUAAUUUAUAUAUUGAUUUAUUUCAUUACCAUUUGGAUACGAAACCAUAUUAUGUUCAAUUAAAAUUAUUCCAAUUAUGUCAUAUUUUUAAUUUAUUUUUCCGUUUCCAAAAUUAUAUAGCAUUAUCUUUUGACGACCCAGUUAUUAAAAUUAUUAAUUUAUUUUACAAAUAUAAGAAAGAUAAUAUAUUAGUUAAUGGACUCAAAACAUGCAGAUCAAUUGAAAAAAAUCCUGAUAAUAAAGAUGGACAAAAUGAAAUGAAUAAUGAGAAAAGCCAUAAUAUUCCUUUAGAAAAAGAAUGUGAAACAUUGUUAUCCGACCCAAUUAAAAGUAAUGCACCAUUGACAAACAAAAUAAAAGAAAAAAAAAGCUUAUUAUAUAAUCUUAUAAGAAAACAAAAAAAGGGAAAAGACAAUAUAGAAAAGGAAGAUAAACAACGAAUCAUCGAAAUAAACAAAAACAUAAAUAAUUAUAAUCAACAUACAAAUACGAAAAAUGAAAUAAAAUAUGUUAAGGGCAUAAAUAAUAACACACAAAAUAGUAACCAUAAUGGAAAAAAAAAAAAAAAAAAAAAAUUAAUCUUUGAUGAAAUUGAAAUAGAAUUUUUUAUAAAAUGUAAAUUAAUAUAUAAUUUUAAAAUAAAUAUUCGAUUUUUGGUGACAGAAAAAAAUAUGAGCAUAUGUCAAUUUACAAGAAUACCAAUGCCUCAAUAUAUGGCAUAUCGAAAAAGUGUGUCUAUUGAAAAUAACGAAUAUAUAUUUUCUUUUAUACAUAGUUAUAAUUGUAAAAAAGAUAAUAUAUAUAUCAUAUCAGAGUGUUUUAAAAAUUGUCCACUUUUUGAAGAUUGUGAUGAUACUAAUAAUUUAUUAUUAAAAUUAAAGGAACUUAAAGCAUAUUAUGUUUCAUUACAUGAACAAGAUGAAAUAAAUUUGGUGCAUUUUAUUAAAAAAGUUAUUGAUAUAUUUGUGUCUGAUGAAAUGAUAUAUGUCGAUUUUUUUGAAGAUUUCCCUCCUAAUUUAUACAUUAAAAAAUUUAAAUAUGAUAAAAUUGAAAAAUCAAGAUAUGAUCAAGAAUAUUUAGCUAUGAUCCAAAAUACUUAUGAUAAGAAUUCUUUUUUUAAAAUCAAAUGGAGAAAUAUAGCUAUCCAGCUAGCUAUAAAUAUUUUAAAAAAAAAAAAACAUAUGAAUUAUUUAAAAAAAUUAUAUGAACAGCAAGAAGAAAUUGAACAAUUAAUUUUAAAUUAUAAAUACAAUAUGAAAAAAAAUAUGAAUAUGCUAAAAAAUGCUCUUAUUUUUGUUUCAAAACUUUUAAUAGAAAAACCAAUAUUAGUAAAUGCUAUUAAUUUUAAGAAAAACUUAUAUUUUAUUAAAUUAAAAAAAGAAAAAAAUAUUUUAAAGCUAGCUAAAUCAAAUAACGCACCAUAUGAUAUAUCUACUGUACGUAGUUAUCCUAUCAAAAUGUUAAUAAAUAAUUCAUUAAUUACAAAUAUUAACAAAUUGUUAAAACCGGUAUUGGAUUAUUUAACCAUUGAAAUACAUUUAUGUUUAGAUAAUAUAAUCAAAUUAAAUCUUAUAUUAAAUAAAGAUAAAAACCGAAGCACAAUUAGCAAUCAUAUGUUUAUAAGUACAGAUAUAUAUACUAUGUAUAACGGUUCUCCAUUUCUAUCAUAUCCUCUUUUCAACUAUAAUAAAACCUAUUUGUGCUUAAUAAAUGGGUUUAGCUUUGUCCACCUUUUACAUGACCUUAUCACAGAUUUAUAUUGA